AUGGCAAUAAGUACAGUGGGCCGGGACCUUAGUGGCCGGGCUGCUGCUGGUCUAGAUCUUUUGAGCUCACGAUUAAGACAGUCAAACCACAUCUUUAGACGUGGGAAGAGCAAAAAUGUAUCGAUCUUCAUACUAUGUGUGGUCUCGCUUCUGGCUAUUGGCGCGGUCAUCCACGGAAUACAGAGGUCCAACGGUUCUAUGGACUUUUUAUUGAAUGAUCAGCAUGAUGAUGACGAUGAUGAUUAUUCUGAUGAUAGCACCCAUCUAGAUAAUCUGAAUGCCAUCUACGAUGAUGAUGAAGGUAGUAAACCGGUUACGACCCAUACCAUUUCCGGUUCGGGGCCCGCCUUCAAAUCUCCUGCAAGAAAGAAAUCAUUCCACGAGAUGAUGACUUUGAUUAAAAAGCAUUCUCCAGAGGGGUCGAUGGAGGGCUCAACUAAGAAAAAGUGCGACCUGGGCGAUAUUUCAAUAACCGACACGGAUAAGUUUCACAAGUUAACGGAGGAGUCCCUCAAAAAUUGCAUGGAUGUCUCGGAUGACACGGUUACCACGUUAAAAGAUGCCCAAGCCGCCUUCAGGAAGUCUAUGGCUACUGAUAUACUGCCGUUGUUCCAUCAUUUGGAGGAAGCCGCGUUCCAGGGUGAAGGUAUUGUCAUCGUCGGGGGUGGUAAGUAUUCGCUAUUCGCACUUCCAGCGAUCAAGGCAAUCCGUGAAAACAGUGGCACUAAGAUCAGACAUUCCAUUCCAAUUGAAAUAAUCAUCCCUCCGAAAGAUAACGCCGAUAGAGCCUUUUGCGAAAACGUGGUGCCCAAGCUAGACCCUCUAGGACGCACAAAAUGUGUGUUCUUGGAUGAAAUAUUGGAUGAAGAAACGUUGUCGCAUAUAGACGGCUAUCAAAUAAAGCCUUUGGCCGCUUUGGUGUCUAGUUUCAAAAAAGUCCUUCUCUUGGAUGCUGACAACUACGUUGUCAACUCGAUAGAAGAUUACUUCAAACACAAGACUUUUCAAGACAAGGGUUUGGUUCUUUGGCCCGAUUACUGGCGCAGGCUCCACCAUCCAAGGCUCUACGAUAUUAUGGACCUUCGUGUUGCAACGCAAGAAAUAUCGAGAAAUUCAAUUGACGACGCCACGCCAAGCUACAUGUAUAAAGUGAAUUCAAAAGAUGCUCCUUUCCAUGAUAUGAAUGGUGCUCUUCCAGAUGGCGGCACGGAGUCUGGCCAAAUUUUAGUUGACAAGGAAAAACAUCUUGACACCUUAAUUUUCAGCUUAUACUUGAACUACAAUGGGCAAAGCUUUUACUACCCACUUUUGGGUCAAGGGUUCGCUGGGCAAGGUGAUAAAGACACAUUUGUCUUGGCUUCCCUCGUCCUGCAUGGUAAAGACUCGUGGUAUCAAGUCAAGACCCCAGUAGAUGCACUGGGCCACUGGGCGGAUCAAAAAGACGAAAUAAGGCUGACGCCCGAGGAGCUGGCGAAGGCUGAGGAUAAAAAGUCUUUUAGAGGAACUGCAAUGCUGCAACACGAUUACGUCGAAGACGUCAAUUUCAAGUCACUCGCGCGUGAGAUGAUACACAACAGCGUGCGUGAUAAAGCUCACGCAUUUUGCGAUGAGUGGUCUGAGUCGCACAAGGGAGAAUUCAGCAGCAAAGAGGACGAGAGGAGAAAGCAGUGCGAAAAAGAUCAAAAAGUUCAAGAUGCGUUCCAUGAACAGAUACGCAAGUCAUACAGCCUCAACGACUACCUCCUCUUUUUCAAGUUCACCAAAGUAUCUUUUGUUCAUUCCCAUCUACCCAAGUAUGAUCCUUGGGAGUGGUAUCAUAGCGGCGAUAUGAUGUAUGAUGGUGCCAAGGCCAGUAAGAACCAUAAGGACGACGCCACAUAUCAACCGCCCCAUUCCGGCCAUUACCGCAUGUACGACUCGAAGAUUGAACAAGUUACCAGUUAUGACCUCGAGUUAGAGAACUGGUCCGCUUUUAACACUUACCUUUGCCAGUCUAAAGACGGCUACAAGAACUUCGGCUAUUUGACAGAUAAAAUAAGCUCCAGCAAAUCUCCUACUCAAAGUUACCAAGGUAUGUGCGCCUAUAUCGAAGACAGAGUUAAGUUUCUGGAGAGCACAACCUGGGAAAGCGUUGAUGUUUAA